AUGGCUGAUGCAAAAACUUCCUGGCUUGGAACAAUCUUGCCUUUUGCCCUGCUUUCUGUGCUAAUCUGUCAUGUCAAUUCUGCUUCUUUUCAACAUUACCAAAACAUUCAGAAAGACCCAAACUAUCUUAUGAAAAACUUGCAAAGGCUUCAAAGCCCAGAUAUGAUCAAAGCUCUGGAAUAUAUAGAAAACCUCAGAAAACAAACUAGUGAUGGAGAAAUAAGCCCAGAUUACAACUCCUAUCAAGGUGUCCCAUUUGUUCUGCAGUCAAAAGAAAACAAAGACCAACCCUCCUUACCAGAAAAUUUAGGAGAAUCAUUGUCAGAAGAUGAGUCUCAGUGGGUUAAGGCAAUGUUUGAAGCUCUAAGACAAGGCGAAAAAGAAUCCAAGGCUGCCCCAAAAGAAAAGAAACCCUAUCCCGUGAGUUCAGACAAUGUAUUCCUAGAUGGCAUGGCUGAUGAUUAUGAUGACCGUUCUUGGCUUGAUACACAGCACAAAUAUUCUAAGAUGCCACACACAUACUUCGAAGAAAAUUCCAGAGAUAGCCCUUAUAAGCGGACAAAUGAAAUAGUGGAAGAACAGUACACACCCCAAAGUCUUGCUACUUUAGAAUCAGUAUUUCAAGAGCUAGGGAAAAUGCUGGGGCCAAAUAACCUAAAAAAGGAGAGGUAUGAUGAGGAACAGAAAUUGUAUGCUGAUGAUGAAGAUGAUGCUUAUAAAGGUAAUAAUAUUGCUUAUGAAGAUGUAGUUGGAGGAGAGGACUGGAAUCCAAUAGAAGAGAAAGUGGAAAGUCAAACCCAAGAAGAGAUAAGAGACAGUAAAGAGCAAAUUGAGAAGAAUGAAGAAGAAUUCAAUGAUGAAGUGAAGAGGGCAGGUAGCCUGGAGGAUGGUAUGAAAAGAGAUAGCAAAAAUCAAGUGUCAGAUGAUGUCUCAAAGUUGAUGGAUUAUUAUUGGAAAAAGAUGAUUAACAGUCCUGGCAAUGAUAACCUAAGGGUUAAGCAACAUGAAGACAAAAGGGCAGCCAAGUAUUUUGGAACGCAACUUGAUCCUCGGUCUAUUUAUCAAUUAAUAGAAAUUUCAAGAAAUUUACAAAUCCCACCUGAGGAUUUAAUUGAGAUGCUGAGAGCUGCAGAUAAGCAUCAGAGUGAAAAAGAAAAAGAUCUUGAACUCCCUGAAGACAUUGAUGAGAUCCCUGAAAUUGAUUUAGACAAUUCAGAUGUAUUCAAAAAUAAGAUGAAUUCUUUAAACAGUUAUAAAAAGCUGAAACAUAAUUUUAUGCCAGAUAACUUGCCAGAAGAUCUCAAUAUGGAAGAUAUCAUCAAUCUUUUAGGGACUGAAAAUAUGGGUAGUCAGAAAUCUUCUUAUCCUGAGAAUCGUCUCCAUCAAGAAAAUGGCUUGCCAAGAUUGUCCUACAUGCCUGCAAGAUCUAAAGGUAAUCAACUUCCCAAAGCUGCUUGGCUUAACCAUUUGGAAAGAAGACAAAUGGAAGAGGAGGCACUUAAUGAAAAGGAAGAAGACCUGGCAGACUACUUAGCCAAGGUGCUGACAAAAUAUCCCGAAGUUAUCAAUACAGGUCAGGUGAAACAAAUUCCUCUUGCCAUUUCAUCUGAGGACGACUUACAAGAAGAUGACCAAUUUGAGCAGGCCAUCAAAGAACAUCUAACCCAUCUAGGAACUCAAGACUCAGACAAACUCACCUCACUUGGCAAAAGGUUGUCAAUGGCCCAGGAAAAUGAUGAUACACAAAACAGACCGUAUGUGGAUGAGGAUAUGCUAGCAAAGGUCCUGGAGUAUUUAAGCCAAGAGAAGUCUGAAAAAGGGAGAGAUCACAUUACCAAAAGGGCAAUGGAAAAUAUGUAG